GGUUGUAUAGGGAGGGGUGGGGCGGGCGAGUGUGGCAGGGACACAGGUUUGGCGCUGAUUUGGUACAGGGGGAGAGCCACAAUGAUGGUCACGGAAAUGCCAAAGCAUGAUAGAGCAGCUAAUGACAUUGGAAAGCAGGGCCCUCCAGUAGAAUGGAGAGUAAGAGUUUGUGAGAGGUUUAUAUGGUUUAUAGGAAGAAGGACUAUGACCAAAGCUGAGCUGGGAAGUUGUUGGCACAUAAAUGGUACCUGAGGCCAGAGGAAAGGGUGGGGCCAGUCCAGGUAGAAUUGCCAUCUUUACCAAAAAAACAAACAAGUAGGAUAAUCAGUUCAAUUUGAAUUUCACAUAUACAAUGAAUACUUUUUAAAACUUACAUUCCUUGUGAUAUUUAGGACCUACUUAAGCCUGCACAUCAUUUACUGUUGAUCUGAAAUUCAAAUUAAACUGGGCAGCCUGCAUUUCACCUGCCAGCCAUAACAGCCCCUGCAAACAGGAACGGCUCCGGGGACCAGGACAGCAUUGGCUCUGGGGAGGAGGGGUGCAGGCUGGGCAGCCUGGAGUACGUGUCUCAUGGGGAAGGGGGGCAGCUGGUGCCCAGAUCUUGCUGAUUGCAUUUGCAGAGAUGGCCUUCAGGGUGUCCAACAUCCUAAUGUUCAAAAACAGAAGAGAAAAUAGAUGUUUAUUAUGAAAUAUCCCAAUUUUAUAAGGGGACAACCACUGAAAAGAAAACACAUUGCAAGGCACAAGCAAAGCAGGUCUGUGGUUCCAUAAGGCACAUGGGCCACUGGUUUGCAACCUCUGGUGGACUCUCUGGCGAGUGGAUGGGGCCAGAGUUGCACUGUAGAUUAUGGUGCUUUGGAAAGUCGGGUACAAAAGCUUUGUGCAGGGGGAGGAUGACAGCAGGGGAUGAGUCUUUCAUGUAAACGGUAAGAUGUGAAAGCCACGCUUCCCACCACAACUACUCGGCGUGCCCCUAGGUGCCUGGAUGUACCCAUGGCCACUGCGCCCGUAGCUGGGCGGCAGCUGAAGCCACGGGCCUGCACCUGGUGCUACCUGCUCGCAGGGCCCGCCCAGCCUCCCGCCAGCCUCUCCGGCGCUCGCGCAGCCAUUGGGCAGUGCAGGCUUUCAUCAGAACGUUGUGGGUGGAAACUUCCCGGGGUUUGCGCUGAGCUUCCUGAGGGUUCUCAGCUUCAGAUGCAAAGUGAGUGGGUGUCUCUCUGAGAAGCUGAAAGAGAGAACCAAAGUGAGGUGUUUCCCUUGACCAUGGAAACUCUAUAAAGAAGGCGCCGGCUCCCUCCUCUCGAGCAGUCAGCAGCAGAUGUCCCCUCGUGACACUUGGACUCCAGGGACUGAGAAGGAGGUACGCCCUUUGCAGGUUCUGUGGCUGCCAUGCAGCAGCCUCUAAACUACCCGUACCCCCAAAUCUACUGGGUGGACAGCAGGGCCCCCUCCCCUUGGACUCCUCCAGGGACAGUCCUCCCCUGUCCCUCCUCGGUGCCUCGAAGACCUGGCCAGAGGAGGCCACCGCCACCACCACCACCACCAACACCACCACCGCCGCCACUGCCACCCCUGCCUCCACUGCCACUGCCACCUCUGAAGAAGAGCAGGGACCACAACACAGGCCUGUGUCUCCUUGUGAUGUUUUUCAUGAUCCUGGUAGCCCUGGUUGUGCUGGGGCUGGGGAUGUUUCAGCUGUUCCACCUGCAGAAGGAGCUGGCCGAGCUCAGAGAGUCCUCCAGCCAAAGGCAUAUUGAAUCAUCUUUGGAGAAGCAAAUAGGUCACCCCAAUCCAAGCUCUGAAAAAGGGGAGCAGAGGAAAGUGGCCCAUUUGACAGGCAAGCCCAACUCAAGAUCCAUCCCUCUGGAAUGGGAAGACACCUAUGGAAUUGCCCUGGUCUCUGGGGUGAAGUAUAAGAAGAGCAGCCUCGUGAUCAAUGACACUGGGCUGUACUUCGUGUAUUCCAAAGUGUACUUCCGGGGUCAGUCCUGCAAGAAACAGCCCCUGAACCACAAGGUCUAUAUGAGGAACUUGAAGUAUCCCCAGGACCUGGUGCUGAUGGAGGAGAAGAUGAUGGACUACUGCACUGCCGGCCAGAUGUGGGCCCGUAGCAGCUACCUGGGUGCGGUGUUCAAUCUCACCAGUGCUGACCAUUUAUAUGUUAAUGUGUCUGAGUAUUCUCUGGUGAAUUUUGAAGAGUCUAAGACAUUUUUUGGCUUAUAUAAGCUCUAAGAGCACUUUGGGGUUCUCUCCAUUAUGGCUCCUUGAUACAGGCACUGAGAAUGUUGUCUUGAAGGAGGGUCUUCUUAAGCCCACUUGAGGUCAAGUGAGAAGACGUAAACCAAGAGGAUUCUGAGACCACAGAGUCCAGCAGGUCUGCGGUUCCUCAUCUCGCCCAAGGUCCAUGAGCCAGACAGGAUGAGGAAGAUAGCUGGUGAACAUAACACUCUGGGCUGCAUGUCAAAAUGCAAGAUGGGCUAAAGCAGCUACCGGGGUGUUCUACACUCAGCUUCAGAGGCCAAGAGUGUUUGGGCACAUUGCAAAGGACACCUUCUAACUCACCUCUUGCGGUGGGUCUACUGUCUACCUCAGGGAGGCUGUCUUUCAGGCGUAAGGGAUGGAAAAGGUGACUAGGGUUGCAUGAUAAGCUCAAGAGACUGAAAGGCCUGUGUCCCAGUGGCAGCAUUUUUACUUCUCAAGCCAUAGCCUGAGCUGCCAGGUGAUGCAAAUAGAAAAGCUAGGGACAUCUUUGGGGGAUGCAGUCCAUUCCCUAUAUAGCAUGCAUGUUUCCAGAGCAAUUGUAGGGGUGUGUGUGUGUGUGUGUGUGUGUGUGUGUGUGUGAGAUUAGAAAAGCUACCUAAAUAGGAAGAACAUGUUAGGGAAAUAUGGGAUGCAUUUGGUGUCGGUUUCAAAUGCUUCUUGGCAACCAACUCUAACAGUCCUCUUGGAUUGUCACCUAGUGAUGCUGUUUUCCUAUAAUAUAACCAGUAUUUAUAUAUAUUUUGUGCAUUUUAAAUGGAAAGAAUACAUGUAAUAAAACUAUAUUUUAGAAUACA